UAGAAACUUUGAAAACGGGGACAACAGCAGGGUUAAGAGGAAGUUACAGUAAACAUAGAGCUUUUAUUGUGAAGGGGAAAGCGGAAGUGGAUAACGUGUAGUCUGGCUGUGUUGUGGUUGAAUACAGUGAGACGUUCAGGGCCGUCUUGGACCCGCCAUUGGACCCCGUGGUUCUUUAUUUUAGAGUCAAACCUGAGUCUGGGCCACAUAAGAUCUGCAACUGAUAACAUGGGCCCGGAAGUUGUUGGUCCGACCCGUAAUAGCGUCCCUCCCCGGAACUAACGUUAACUGUGUGUGUCCCGUCGUGAUGAAGACGGCGGAGUAAAACGCGCCAGUGUUUAGUUUCUUAAGAAGAAAGAAAGGUCCCAAACUGCCGGAUGUGGUUUUAAAAGCUGAACCAGAGCCACACAGAGCAGGUCGGGGACAAGAGGAACUUUAACAUGACGUCAGAGAGGAAGCUGGCAGCGGACCAGGGGACAGAGUUACCUCCAGUUGUUCUGGAAGUGAUUAUUGGUGAAGAGGAGUAGCAGUAGUGUAGCUCCAGUUUGAAUCAGAAGGAGCCAGAGCACCACCCACCCCAAACAUUAAAGAGGAGCAGGAGAGACUGUGGAGCAGUCAGGAGGGAGAGCAGCUUCAAGGGCUGGAGGAGGCUGAUAUCACCAAGUUCCCAUUCACUCCUGUCCCUGUGAAGAUGAUGAAGAGAAAGCUCAGUCCUCACAGCUUCAUCAAAGACAAAGUCAACACAUGGGACCAGAAGCUGUUGGUGGUUAAAAAAGAAGUUCCCCCUGAGCAGCAGGAGUGUAGCUCCAGUGUGGACCAGCAGGAGCCAGAGACCCCCCCACACAUUAAAGAGGAGCAGGAGGAACUGUGGAGCAGUCAGGAGGGAGAGCAGCUUCAAGGGCUGGAGGAGGCUGAUAUCACCAAGUUCCCAUUCACUCCUGUCCCUGUGAAGAGUGAAGAUGAUGAAGAGGAAGCUCAGUCCUCACUGCUUUAUCAAAGACAAACUCAACAUAUGAAAUCAGAAGGCGAUGGAGAGGACUGUGGAGGACCAGAACAAGCCAGGAUCUCACAUCUACUUUUACAACCUGAGACUAAAGACCAGAGUGGAGACUCUUCUGAUCCUGAGACUGAUGACAGUGCUGAUUGGAAGGAGACCAGAGAACCUCAGUCAGCUUUAAACUCUCUGAAACAUGAUUCAACUGAUACGAAAACAUUCAGCUGCUCCGAGUGUGGGAAAAUAUUUGGCUUCAAGUCAUAUCUGAAGAAACACAUGAGAAUCCACACAGGAGAAAAACCUUUCAGCUGCUCAGUCUGUAGGAAAUCUUUUACACAGAGUGGACAUUUAAGAAACACAUGAGAAUCCACACAGGAGAAAACCUUUCAGCUGCUCAG